AUGGAUAAUCCUUUAGAAGAAAUUUAUCAGAUAUUUUAUAACAUCUUAGUUAAUCCUGAUAAAUCUCUGAUAGAGAAAGAAUUCAAUAGAUGUUUUACUCCGGAUUUAGAACUUAACCAUUUUUUAGCAGUUGUUCCUCCUAAAAGAGGAUCCAGAGAAUCUAUUAUUCGAAUUUUUCAAUGCCAGCGAGGGUUUAACGAAAAUACCGGAAGAAUGGUUCUGAGCGCGACUCAAUAUCUCGACUUUGGGUUCAUUCCAUGGACAACCAUUCCGAUAAAAUUUGUCGUCAUUUUAGAUUUAAAACAAAAUGAAGAAAAAUAUUUGAUUAGUAAAUACGAAGAAUUCCUUCAACCAGAAGAAAUAAUUGUAAACAGAGCUAUUUGUAUCAGAGAUGGAGGAAAUAAAAUCAAGGUAGCACUUAAAAUUCUACAUAAUUCUAAAGAUAUAACGGAUGAUUUUUUGAAAGAAGUGAUAUUUUAUGGAAUAACAAGUUCAAAUGAUUUUAUUAUACAAUGCUAUGGAAUUACCAAAGAUCCUAAUACUAAUAACAAUAUUAUGGUAAUGGAGUUUGCAGAAGAUGGAAGUUUACAUGAGGACUUAGUGCUAAAUUUUGAUAAAAUUACUUGGCAAACAAAAUUAGUAAGAUUAUAUUGUAUUGCAACAGG